CCCCCUCGUUCUCCGUGUUGUUGUCCUCGGUGACGCGACGGAGGUGUAGCCUGACGCGGUCUCUUACGUGUCGGACUGAAUAAAAGUGGAGCUCCGAGGGCCCGGGAGUGACGAGCAGAGUCUGUGUCGGGUGAUCUAAAUGACUAUGGAAGCUGCUGCAGAGGUCCAGCAGGGCGGCGACACUGCUGUUUCUGAGACAGAUACCCAGCACAUCGCCACCUUGGCACAGGUACAGUCCUACCUCUCCAUGUGUGGACUGCAGGUGUCCAUGGCAGCGGGACAAGCGAGCGCCAGCGGACCCACGGUCACUCUGGUCCAGCUGCCCAACGGGCAGACGGUGCAGGUGCACGGAGUCAUCCAGGCCGCACAGCCCUCCGUCAUCCAGCCCCCGCAAGUGCAGACAGUACAGAUUUCUACUAUAGCUGAGAGUGAGGACUCCCAGGAGUCUGUGGACAGUGUGACUGACUCCCAGAAGCGCAGAGAAAUCCUGUCUCGACGGCCCUCCUACAGGAAGAUCCUGAAUGACCUGUCGUCGGAUGCUCCGGCUGUUCCGCGGAUAGAAGAGGAGAAGUCUGAGGAAGACUCCGCCCCCGCCAUCACUACAGUUACAGUGCCCACGCCCAUCUAUCAAACUAGCAGCGGCCAGUACAUUGCCAUCACUCAAGGUGGGGCGAUUCAGUUGGCCAAUAACGGCACGGACGGCGUACAGGGCCUGCAGACGCUGACCAUGACCAACGCGGCGGGUGCCCAGCCGGGCACCACCAUCCUACAGUACGCCCAGACCAGCGACGGACAGCAGAUACUUGUACCCAGCAACCAGGUGGUCGUGCAAGCUGCGUCCGGCGACGUCCAGGCCUACCAGAUCCGCACGGCCAACACCAGCGCCAUCGCCCCCGGUGUCGUCAUGGCGUCGUCCCCCGCUCUCCCCAGCCAGGGUGCCGAAGAGGCCACGCGCAAGAGGGAGGUCCGCCUCAUGAAGAACAGGGAGGCAGCGCGGGAGUGCCGUCGUAAGAAGAAGGAGUACGUGAAAUGCCUGGAGAACCGCGUGGCCGUGCUGGAGAACCAGAACAAGACCCUGAUCGAGGAGCUGAAGGCCCUCAAGGACCUGUACUGCCACAAGUCUGAGUAGGAGCCUGCAGGGGGCGCUCUGGAGCCGCCCGAGACAGAGACUCACACAGGCACGCCAGACACACUCCUCCUUUUCUAAUUCUCUCGCUUUCUUUUAGUUUCUUUUAACCUUUUUUCUUUUCUUUUUUUUUU